ACAUCCUCUCGGGUUGAUGACACAUUUUGCGCCACAAUAAACGAGCUGGUGAGUGAUCUUGGAUGUAACGUGAUACCUAAAAAUCUGCCUCUAGCACAUCCAUUUGGUGUAGAAUUCAACAGAUUUCAAGUGCAUUUUGACACAAUCUUUGGCACGAUUGUUUAACUUGAAUUAUCCACAGUUAGAUGGUAGGGAGUAACAGCUGGCAAAAAUUACUAGCCAGCGUUUGAAGCAUCCACAUGCUAACGAAGACGGUUGAUUAGUGCUUGUGUUUGUAAACGGAAAAUUACGUGCAUUUUAUGAUUAAAUGAGUGUCAGCCAGUACAAGGAAGCCGGAUUCGGUGAGCUUCAGGCGAUUUGUACCAAGAACGAAGUUUAAUCAGACGACAUUGUGUUGUGAGAGUGUUGGAAAUAUUCGCCAUAUACUGGGAUAGCGAAAACAGGAAUAGUCGGUGAUAAUUGCUUCGGAGAAUCCAAAGAGCCUAAUCAUUUAGUUUGAAAUUAAACGGCACUUCAUCUACCACGCCUAACGGGACCGACAGUGAGCAGGAGCUUUCCGAUCGGAAUUAAAUUUCAAUUCACUGGAGGAGACAAAAGACAGAAAAAUUGCUCUUACACAAACAAUGCCCGGAACCUGCCACAGGCUCCGCAUCCCUUCGCUGGCGAGCAGCAAGUCGGCCAAAGGGACCAACGAGUGCGAACCGGUGACUCCGAAGAAGGAAUGUCACCGGGUGACGAUGCUGGGAGCGGCCCGGGUGGGAAAAUCGUCUAUCAUUUCGCAGUUUCUGUACGAAAAGUAUCUCUCGCGGUACAAGCAAACGAUAGAAGAAAUGCACCGAGGAGAGUACGAACUGCCGGACGGGUCCUGUCUGACAUUAGACAUACUGGAUACUUCCGGAUCGUACCAAUUUCCGGCCAUGAGAGCUCUUUCUAUCAACACAAGUAAUGCGUUCAUCCUGGUCUACGCGGUUGACGACGAGGAAACAUGGCACGAAGUGGAACGAUUGAGAGAACAGAUUGUCGAGGCACGAGGUCUGUUCGUCCCCAUCGUGGUGGUUGGCAACAAGUGCGACGUCCUGGAAGAAGAACGUCAAAUUUCUCAGAGAUCAGCUCAAGCUAAGGCUACACUGGAAUGGGGCUGUGGCUAUGCAGAAUGUUCAGCCAAGAACAACGAUGGAAUACUGACUGUUUUCAAACAACUUCUGCGCCAGGCGAACAUCGAAUAUAAUUUAAGUCCAGCUGUACGAAGGAGAAGAAAAUCGCUGCCAAGCUACGGUGUUGGUAGUCCGAGUUUCAAAGGAGUUAACUCGGCAAAGUACUACCUUAAGCGGCAUUCUUGCUCGGUUCAGUAGACUGUGGUGAUUCCCCUUUCUUAAGGAUAAUUGGGAUGGAAUGCGUAGGGGAGCCGUUCUAAAGAAUGCACAAUAAAUGGAACUGAUUGUAUCGUAGGCAGAUCGAAACAACGAUAGCUUGGAUAACCGGAAAAUAUGCGACCUCUAAGUACCAACGACUGGAUGAAACACUUUUUGACUUGAAUAUUCGUAAAAAAAAGUUUAAUGUUGAGAACAGUUUUAUUAUCAUACAAAUCAUGUCACAUGUUAGAAGACCUUUGUAAACGUGAAUCAAAUUCGAUGAAUGUUUAUGUUGAUUAUUGUUUCCAUUCAAUGUCUGUAGGCAAAUUUUCUUACCUGUGCAACCUGAAACACAAUGAGAUACAUGGAAUUUUUAUGAAGAUUUUACA